AUGGAUUGCACUCCUGCUCAGAAGGUCAGAUAUGGCACUCAUAUGCUGGCUAAGGAAGCUGAUGAUUGGUGGUUGGAGACGCUUGCUAGGUUGAGUUUUCAGUACUAUCCUGAAGAUGUUCGGGGUAAGAAAGAGAUAGAAUUCCUAGAGUUGACGCAAGGGAACAAGUCUGUGACCGAGUAUGCUGCCAAGUUCACUGAGUUGAUUAAGUUCUAUCCUCACUUUGAUGGCGAAGGUGCUGAAUUUUCUAAGUGCAUCAAGUUUCAGAAUGGGUUACGCUCGGAGAUUAAGAAGGCUGUUGGGUACCAAAAUAUCCGUUUGUUUUCUGAUUUGGUUGACAGUUGUAGGAUCUUUGAGGAAGAUAGUAAUGCUCAUCACAAGAUGGUUAGUGAUAGAAGGGGCAAGAAUCAACAAAGCCGUGGUAAACCGUAUGAUACUGGUAAAGGGAAACAAAGAGUUACUCAUGGUCAGAGGUCUAGUGGGGGAGAUGAUCCUACUAGGAUUGUAUGUUUCAAGUGUGGUCAACCUGGUCAUAAGAGCAAUGCUUGUACUGCUGAUGCGAGGAAGUGUUUCAGAUGUGGUAAGAUGGGACAUGCAAUGUCUGAUUGCAAGCAUAAGGACAUGGUAUGUUUCACGUGUGGCAAAGAGGGACACAUUGGUAGCCAGUGUCCAAAGAAGAAGGCACAAUCUGGUGGAAAGGUGUUUGCUUUAGCUGGGACUCCUACAGCUAGUGGAGACCGACUCAUCAGAGGUGAAGCUGGCGGUGAUUUCGGUGGUGAUUCUGAGAUAACGUUGAAGGCCAUGGAGGAGGCGAAUUACAGUGUUAAUUCUGAAGAUUUUUGA